AUGGUCGGUGAUACGCGACAAUUUGCCCCCGACUCACGAGUCAGGAAGGCUCCAAACCGUCAGUCGCGGUCCUGUAAAGUCUGCCGGCUCCGGAAAGUCAAGUGUGACCGAGUCAAGCCCUGCCACGCGUGCUGUGCUCAUGGCUACCCGUCUAAAUGCGUCUAUGAGCAUGUCCCCGACGAAGAAGCCCGCCCCAUCAGCCAAGCAGAGGAAAUCCGGAACCUACGGGCGGAGAUCCGCGACCUGAGAGGAACAGUAGACGAUAAACAGAAUGGAUCUAGGGCUGAUGAUCUCCAGCGCCUGGGCCAGCUCGAGAACUUAUUCGAGUCUAUUCGCUCAGCACCUAGCUCUAUAGUCGAUAAUCUCGUUCGGGAUAUUCGGACCGCACAUGUCGGCUUUAAGAAGAAUUUGGUUCCUGUAGGACCAUGGGAAGGCAGGGAAGCGUAUGAAUCCUACGAUUAUCCUUCGCGCCCUUCGUUGACUCUGCCUGUUCGGAAUCGCCUAUUAAUAAAUUCCCCGGGUGAAGACUUUAAUAAUUUCCAAGUUGAGGAUGAUGAUGACAGCGACUUCGAGCGCAUGUCGAUGAGUAGUGGCUCCGACUCGUCUGGCACGAUCUCGAUUAUGAGUAUGCAAAGUCCCGCGGCCGAUGUAUUUGUCGAAAGAUUUGUAGAUGCAUUUAGCCCAGAAGUGGACAUGAAAUCCGGGACAGCGGGUGCACUACGAGCUGCUGCCGGGAUUCGAAUGUUCUCACCACUCAUCACAGACGCCUUCGAGGCUGUUUCGGUGGCAUUUUUUGGUCGUUCUGUGCAGAACAAGCAUAUUGAGGCAUCCGGGUUCCGACUUUACCCCCGCGUGUUACGUUCAUUGCAGGAUGCGUUGGUGGACCCCGAAAAAUGCAAAGCAGAGUCCACACUGGUGACUGUGAUUCUCUUGCUGGCUUUCGAGAGCGUUGAACGCACUACUCAGAGCGGUGUCUCGGCUCACGUCCGAGGAGCAAUGCGCUUGAUCGAACAUCGUGGACCAGAAAAUCACAUAUAUGGUGUUGAACAUCUCUUGUUUGCAGAACUCCGUCCAUAUUGGAUUGGCGGCGCUCUGGCAGCUCGACAACCCUCAUUCCUGGCCCGUGAAGAGUGGAAGACCAUUCCAUGGUCGGCAGGCACGACCCAAAAAGAUAUUUUACAUCAUCUGCUUGACCUGGCCACCGAGAUUCCUGGUUUACUAGCGAAAUCCGAUGCCUUCAAAGAAGCACAAAUCACAUCUUUCAUGGGCGCACAAGAGAUGGCUGUCAAACAGUCUACACUUUGGAACGGAAUACGCGAGCUUACAGCCCGUUUCUAUCAAUGGUACGUAGACUAUGUUGUCGCAUACCCUGACGGGCCACCGCAGGAAGCCGAACAACACGGCGACCAGGGGUUCCCCAUUUUUCAACGCAGGGACCUCCGCACCGGGGCUACUUUCACCCCAACAAGGUUCACAUAUCCAACCCUGCUACUCGCACAGACCAUGUGUCUCUACUACGCCGUGCGAUUAAUUCUGUCCUCGAUCGACUCUCGGCCGGAGGAUCGUGUCACGCCAAUGGAACAGUACGACUUGGCCUGCGGGAUCUGCCGCUCGUUGGAAUUUUAUAUCCUCACUGCACCAGGCAACAUGAUCAAUCGUCUUGCAUUCCCCACUCGGGUAGCGUGGGAAGCAUUCCCAGAUGGAGGCCCAGAGCGCCGUUUCAUGGUUGAAGUGCUGCGAUUAGUUGAGAAGCGGCAUUCCCUUGGGCUCUGGGGCAGUGCCAUGCCUGAGUUAUCUACAAAAGGAGACUCCCCACUGAAUACAGGUAGCUCGUAG